AUGGGUAAUAAAUAUCCAACAACAAUAUUCACUGAUCAGAACCAAGCUAUGGCCAGGGCCAUAGAAGUUGCAUUACCUCACACUCGUCAUAGAUUAUGCCAAUGGCACAUCUUUAAAAAGGUUCCAUCAAAAGUUUUCAUCUACAAUAGCAAUAAUAAAGUUAGAGGACUCUUCCAUAAGUGUAUGAGGUGGUGUGAUUCUGAGGAAGUGUUUGAGGAAGCGUGGGAUGAAAUGAUCAAGAAAGGGAAUCUUCAUAAUCAUGAAUGGUUGCAGGAUCUUUAUAAGAUAAGGAGAAAGUGGUCAACUGCUUUCAACAAGGAUUCCUUCUGCAUAGGCAUUUUAUCAACGCAGCGUAGUGAGUAUGCUAAUAAUGUGUGUCAUGGCAUUUCAAAGCCAACAAGUUCAUUAACUGAUUGUUUUCUUGGCUUGGAAAAGAUACUGAUGAAUUGGCGGCGAAAUGAGCAGGAUGAGGAUUACAAAUGCAGUCAAUCUGAAAUUGUUCCCGUGAUAAAGAACAGCUCAAUAUUAAAACAAGCUGCUAGAUUUUACUCAAGAAAAAUAUAUUCAAUUUUUGAGGAAGAAUUUAUAAAGGCUGUGGGAGAAAUGAGUAUAGAUUUUGUCUCGACUGAUUCUUCAAAGUAUAUAGUCAACUACAUAGAGAAAAAGAAUCAAAACCAUCCUUGGGUUGUUUACUUUGAUGCAACAGAAGGUAAUAUUCAAUGCAGCUGUAAGAAGUAUGAAACCAUGGGAUUGCUGUGUUCUCAUUGUUUGAGGGUUUUUAAACAGUUGGAUAUGGCUAAAUUCCCUGAGAAGUACUUAUUACUUCGUUGGUCAGCAAGGGCUCGACAAGUUUUUUAUUCAGGUUACUUGCUUAAUUCUCAAAGAAGUAAUAAUUUCCAAAGUGGUAGGGGAUUCAUAUUCAGAAAUCAGGUGAGCAGGUUUGCAUAUCAAAUGAGCACAUAA